AAACAGACAUACCAAACACAACAAUCAAUAAAUAAAAUAUUACUACUGCCAACUCAUGAUCAUUCAACCUAUGUCUUUUCUUCAAAUUUUCUCCAUUUGCACAUAUGACCACUAAUCUCAUAUCCAACUCCACCCCCUUUUCAUAUUCUUUCCAAUGCCUCAAAAUCCAUCUAAAAACGUUGCAGUUAUCGGGGCUGGUCCUGCAGGCCUUGUUUCGGCCCGAGAACUCCAACGUGAAGGUCACAAUGUAGUUGUAUUCGAGCGAGAAAAUCAGGUAGGAGGCACAUGGAUAUACAAUCCAGCAACUGAUUCCGACCCAAUGGGGGUCGACCCCAAUCGGAAAGUCAUUCAUUCAAGUCUUUAUUCAUCACUUCGGGUAAAUCUUCCUCGGGAAAUAAUGGGUUUUCGUGACUACCCUUUUGUCGCCGCGAAAAAGCCAAAUAGAGACCCGAGAAGGUAUCCGGGUCAUAAGGAAGUGUUGGACUAUUUGAAUGAUUUUGCGGCUGAGUUUGGGCUUAUUAGGCAGGUGAGAUUUGGAACUGAAGUUGGGUAUGUGGGGAUGUCGGAGAAUGGAAAAUGGAAAGUUAGUUCAAGAAAAAGAGAGAAUGAUCAUGUUGUGUUUGUUGAUGAAGAGUAUGAUGCUGUUGUAAUCUGCAAUGGACUCUAUACUGAACCCCGCAUAGCUGAUAUUCCUGGAAUUGAAGUAUGGCCAGGAAAGCAAAUUCACAGCCACAGUUACCGGACUCCUGAGCCUUUUCGAGAUCAAGUCAUUGUGGUCAUAGGGGGCGCCACAAGUGCUUCUGAUAUCUCCAGAGAAACUGCUGAAGUUGCUAAAGAGGUCCACAUUUCUUCUAGAUCAGCUCUAAGUGGGACUCCCAAAAAGCUGCGUGGAUAUGAAAAUCUUUGGCUCCACUCUAUGAUUGAAGCUGUUGGUGCAGAUGGUGGAGUCAAUUUUCAAGACGGAUCCAAAGUUUAUGCUGAUAUUAUCCUACACUGCACAGGGUACAAAUAUAAUUUCCCUUUCCUUGAAACUAAUGGUAUAGUGACAGUGGAUGACAACCGUGUUGGGCCACUUUACAAGCAUAUUUUUCCACCAGCCUUUGCUCCGAGUCUUUCAUUUGUUGGGCUUCCAUGGAAGCUUGUACCAUUCCCCCGUUGUGAAUUACAAAGCAAGUGGAUUGCUGGUGUUUUAUCAGGUCGAAUUUCUCUCCCCUCGAAGGAAGAUAUGAUUGCUGAUAUUGAAACAUUCUAUUCAUCCAUGGACGCUUCUUGCAUUCCAAAAUGGUACACUCACAAUAUGGAUUUUCAGUUAGAUUACGAAGAUUGGUUGGCUACUGAGUGUGGAUCUCCACCUCCUGAAAAAUGGAGAAAGCAAAUGUUUUUUAUUGCUAGGGAGAAGUUAAAGACUCAGCCUGAGAUAUAUCGUGAUCAGUGGGAUGAUAACGACUUGAUCAUUCAAGCUCAUCAAGACUUCGCAAAAUACAUUACCGACCUAGCUCAAGUUCAAAAGCUAUCAACAUGAAUUUUUAUGAUAAAUGUGUCAUGUAUUGUUCCUGAAUUUGGUUAUUUCUAUUGUUACAUGAAGUGUAUAGUUGACUAACUUUUUGUAAUAAUAGUAACAACUUUCCAGGAA